CUGUCUCCUCCAUCAUGGAACUUGUCGUGUUUCUGUACCUCCUUGACAACGACACGUCUUACCUCGUUCUCUUCACGGUUGGCGGCGGGCUGCUCGUCAACGUCUGGAAGCUCAUCAAGGCAUGGUCUCUCAUGCGAGGCCGAGGAAGCGACAAGGAGGCGGAGGACUUGCGAGCAGAGCAGGCGAUCUCACGCCAUAUCGACUACAUCGCAUCCGCCUACCUCCUCAACAUCCUCGGCCCGCCCAUCGUCGGAUACGCUGUCUACAGUCUGGUGUAUGAGGACCAGAGGGGCUGGUACAGCUGGGCGCUCCAGAGCGGGGUGAACGUUGUGUAUGCUGUAGGCUUCAUGAUGAUGACGCCGCAGCUCUUCCUCAACUACAAGUACAAGAGUGUCGAACACCUUCCUUGGAGAGCGCUCAUAUAUCGUGCUCUGAAUACUUUCAUUGACGACCUGUUCGCAUUCGUCAUCACCAUGCCAGGGCUUCACAGGAUGUCUGUCUUUCGAGACGACAUUGUCUUCUUCAUCUACCUCUAUCAGCGUUGGAUCUACCGCAAGCGAAGGCCUGCCUCGGAGACCUCCAUGCACGAGCUCUAGACUCUGGGACGGCCCUAAUUCGGAUCAUCAUAGCUGUGAAGUUCUUGAUGCAUUGCGAUAUGAGUAGCGUUCUUGACGAAAGCCUCCUUCUCUCCU